UCGGUUGCGCCCCCUGAUAAACUGCAGUCAGUCACCGGCAGCGCGCAGGCUUUUAGCGCCUCUUAACUCUCUUAAUAUUAGCCGCGUUUAUUCCUGGAUUAAAGAGAAGCAGUCACUGGAGCCGAGGCCUCAUUUUGAAAGUUUUGGUGCAACUUUCCCACUGCAUGAGUUGACAGCAGAGAGCAGACUUUCCAUCCUGUGGUCAUGAAAAGCGGAGCGGAGCCAGGCGUCAGGCCUGCGGGAAAACAACGUUAGCUACCGGAGCUAGCUGUCUGUCGUUGUUUAGGUCGCUGUGCUAACCAGCUACCUGCUGUUUUUGUUAGCAUAACAGAUAGCCAAACCAGAGUUCAUAGCCUGUUUUUGUCGCGGAUAUAUCGUAGGAACCCAUCGGGGUCCGCUACAAUCCAAUGUUUCCAGAACUUUCUCGAAGUUUUAAGUUAAUAUUCAGAGCUAACGUGGUAAAGAAAGAAAGGAAGCUAACGUCUUUGUCAUAACAUUACAAAGUUGAGCUUUUGAUUCAGAUAGGAUGCUCGAUGUGGAGAAUUGAUUUAUAUUUUCUAAAAGGAAUUGCGUGUUGAUGAUCAAACAGCAUUUAUACGCAGUCCAAACCGCCUCCACGGGAUUACAGCUCAAAUCUUUUUCCGACUCCGUCCUCCCCUCCUCGGUCUUCUGUCCUCGGCCGGCUUCAGGUGCUGGCCCCUGAGUGCCCAAUGGAGGAGCAUGACAACAUGGACUAUUUUUACCAGCAGGUACUGCAGAAAGAUGUUACCCGUAGGCUGCAGGUGGGUCAGGACCUCAUUGACUACCUGAACGACCCACAACGCUCCCAGGACGUGGAGCAGGACAAACCCCGGCUGGAUAAGACCGUGGACGAGUUAACGGGAUGGGUGAACAGCAGCAAUUACAAGGUGGCGUUGUUGGGGAUAGACAUCUGUGGUGCGUUUCUGGACCGCAUGGGAGAGCGGUUCAAAGGAUACCUAGGAACAGUUGUGCCAGCUUUGGUGGACAGGCUGGGCGACGGAAAGGACCAGGUCAGGGAGAACAGCCAAGCACUCAUCCUUCGCUGUAUGGAGCAGACUGCCUCGCCCACAUAUGUUUGGGAAAAGCUGCUUCCUGGUUUUAAACACAAGAACUUCCGCUGUCGAGAGGGAAUCUGCCUAUGUCUCAGUGCCGCACUCAGCGUGUAUGGAGCUCAGCCACUGAGCCUCAGUAAACUAGUUCCUCAUAUCUGCACUCUGACAGGAGACCAGAACCCACAGGUACGAGAAGCCUCCAUGACAACAUUGGUGGAUAUUUAUCGUCACGUUGGAGAGAGGGUCCGAGCAGACCUGGGAAAGAGAGGACUGCCUGCUGCAAGGUUACAGACAUUAUUUGCUCGUUUUGAUGAAGCCUUGAAUUCAGGCAACAUGGCUCUCAGCCCGAGUCACGAUCGCAAUUUUGAGGAUGAUGACAGUGUGGAUGGGAAUCGUUCUUCCUCGGCCCAGGCUGCCUUCAAGGUCCCAAAAGUUCCCAAGAAGCCGGCAGAAUCCUCUGCUGCACGCAGGCCCAGCGCCACUGGUGGCAAGCUAGUGUCCAAGGAAAGUGCAGGGGGGAUCGAUGAAGAAGAUUUCAUUAAAGCCUUCACAGAUGUCCCUUCAGUCCAGAUCUACUCAUCGAGGGAUCUCGAGGACAACCUGAAUAAGAUCCGUGAGAUCUGCUCUGAUGACAAACACGACUGGGACCAGAGAGCUAACGCUCUGAAGAAAUUCCGCUCAUUGUUGGUGGCGGGCGCAAACACCUACGACUGUUUCUACCAGCACCUACGGCUACUGGAUGGAGCCUUCAAACUGUCCGCUAAAGACCUGCGCUCACAAGUCGUCCGAGAGGCAUGCGUCACUGUGGCCCAUCUCUCUACGGUGCUGGGGAAUAAAUUCGACCAUGGAGCGGAAGCCAUCGUUCCUGUCCUGUUCAACCUCAUCCCAAACUGUGCCAAAGUCAUGGCCAGCUCCGGUGUGUCGGCCAUCCGCAUUAUUAUAAGGCACACACACGUCCCCAGGCUCAUCCCCCUGAUAACCAGUAACUGCACAUCCAAGUCUGUGUCUGUUAGAAGGCGCUGUUAUGAUUUCUUGGACCUACUACUACAAGAAUGGCAGACCCACUCUUUAGAGAGGCACACAUCAGUUCUAGUUGAGAGCAUCAAGAAGGGAAUUCGAGAUGCAGACUCAGAGGCCAGAGUGGAGGCACGCAAAGCCUACUGGGGUCUGAGGAACCACUUCCCAGGGGAGGCCGACGCUCUCUACAACUCCCUGGAGUCGUCUUACCAGAGGACCCUUCAGUCCUGCCUGAAGAGCUCUGGCAGUGUGGCCUCGCUUCCCCAGAGCGACCGCUCCUCCUCAUCCUCUCAAGAGAGCCUCAACCGGCCUCUGACUUCUAAAUGGUCAGCAGCUCCAUGCCGAGUCCCUGUGGGUUCAAAAGGUGGGGUGUCAUCAGCCUCCCUGCAGCGUUCCCGUAGUGACGUGGAUGUUAACGCAGCAGCUGUGGCUAAGCACCGGCACGGCGGACAGACCAGGGGAGUGGGUCGUCUGCCCCCUGGUUCCUACUCCUCAUUGGAUGAUGCCUCUGAUAAAACGGAUGGGACCAGGUCAGAUAAUGGACGUGUACGCACCAAGCAGCCCUUGUCCACCGCCAGCAGCGUCUCCAGCCAGGUGGACUCACGAGGACGCAGCCGCACCAAGAUGGUCUCCCAGUCGCAGCGUUCCGACGAAUCCGAUUGCACGCCAGGAUCUCAGUCUGCUACCCCAGUCGGUGCUGGAAGUCGGAGUGGCUCUCCCGGUCGUGUGCUGACAAGUACGGCCCUGAGCACCCUGAGCUCGGGGGCUCAUCGGGUGCUGGCAGGGGCCGGUAGUGACGGACACAGACGCAGCCGCAUCCCCCGCAGCCAGGGAUGCUCCAGAGACUCUUCACCUACCCGCCUGUCUGUUGCUCCCUCCAGCAUUAGCUCUAUCUACAACGGAGCAAGCAGAGGAGCUCGGGGCAGUCGUAUCCCUCGGCCCAGUAUGAGUCAGGGCUGCAGCAGAGAGGCCAGCAGGGAGAGCAGCCGGGACACCAGCCCCGUACGCUCCUUCACGCCCCUGGCGACACGAAGCUACUCUCGCUCCACUGGAGCUCUCCACGCACCUGAUACCUUUGGGGCUGCAGGAUCAGGUUAUGGCAUCAGUCAGUCCAGUCGUCUUUCUUCCUCGGUCAGCGCCAUGAGGGUCCUCAACACAGGCUCAGACGUAGAGGAGGCUCUGGCAGACGCAUUGCUGUUGGGAGACAUGCGGUCAAAGAAGAAGCCAGCCCGGAGGCGGUAUGAAAACUACAACAUGUACUCAGAUGAUGAUGCUAACAGCGAUGCAUCCAGCGCCUGUUCAGAGAGAUCCUACAGCUCCAGGAACGGGGGAGCCAUCCCCACCUACAUGAGACAGACGGAAGAUGUAGCCGAGGUUCUGAACCGAUGUGCCAGUGCAAACUGGUCAGAGAGGAAGGAGGGGCUGCUGGGACUACAGGCACUGCUCAAGAACCAGCGCACCCUCAGUCGAGUGGAGCUGAAGAGACUAUGUGAAAUCUUCACCAGGAUGUUUGCAGAUCCUCACAGUAAGCGAGACUCCGGCAGAGUGUACGGCACGGCAGAAUCCGGUAUAAGCUCAGCCUCCUUCAAGAGAGUGUUCAGUAUGUUCCUGGAGACACUGGUAGAUUUUAUCCUGGUCCAUAAGGAGGAUCUGCAGGACUGGUUGUUUGUCCUGCUCACACAGCUGCUGAAGAAAAUGGGAGCCGACCUGCUGGGCUCCGUACAGGCCAAAGUUCAGAGAGCCCUGGAUAUCACACGAGAGUCUUUCCCCAAUGACCUCCAGUUUACAAUUCUGAUGAGGUUCACUGUGGACCAGACGCAGACGCCCAACCUCAAGGUGAAGGUGGCCAUUCUGAAGUACAUCGAGACGCUGACGUUACAGAUGGAAGCUCCAGACUUUGUGAACUCCAGUGAGACUCGGCUGGCCGUCUCACGUAUCAUCACGUGGACGACUGAACCCAAGAGCUCUGACGUCAGAAAGGCCGCACAGUCGGUGCUGAUCUCUCUGUUUCAGCUCAACACUCCAGAGUUCACCAUGCUGCUGGCAGCUCUGCCCAAAACCUUCCAGGAUGGAGCCACCAAACUGCUUCAAAACCACCUGAAGAACACGGGAAAUGUUGCACAGGCAUCAAUGGGAAGCCCUCUGACACGCCACACCCCUCGAUCUCCUGCCAGCUGGUCCAGUCCAGUCACCUCCCCCACCAAUACCUCCCAGAACACCCCCUCACCAAGUGCAUUCGACUACGACACAGAGAACAUGAACUCAGAGGACAUCUACAGCUCAUUGAAAGGUGUCACUGAGGCAAUCCAGAACUUCAGUGUUCGCAGCCAAGAGGACAUGAAUGAACCCAUUCAGCGGCGGGAGGGAGAGGAGGGAGACUUUGACAGCAGAGUGUCAGACUUCGUGGACGGAGGCCGAAUGGCCCUGGACAACAAGACGUCCCUCCUCAACACCCCCUUGCUCUCCUCCAGCCCCCGAGGAGCCCGUGAGCACUUCUCUGAUUCUCCCUUCAAACACAGUCGCAAAGACAGCAGCAUGGACGACUCUGAGCAACUCACAGACGAUAGCAGCCUGGACCAAUCAGAGCUGGUGGCAGAGCUGCUCAAGGAGUUGUCCAAUCACAACGAGCGCAUUGAGGAGAGGAAGGCGGCGCUGUGCGAACUGCUCAAGCUGAUUCGCGAAAACACCCUGCAGGUGUGGGACGAACAUUUCAAGACCAUCCUGCUGCUCCUGCUUGAGACGAUGGGGGACAGAGAGCAUUUGAUACGAACGCUGGCUCUGCGGGUGCUGAGGGAGAUUCUCAGCAAACAGCCCUGGAGGUUCAAAAACUAUGCAGAGCUCACCAUCAUGAAGUCCCUGGAGGCUCACAAAGACCCUCAUAAAGAGGUUGUAAGAGCAGCAGAAGAGACGGCAGCCAUGUUGGCGUUGUCCAUCAGUCCUGACCAGUGUAUCAAGGUGUUGUGUCCCAUCAUCCAGUCUGCUGACUACCCCACCAACCUGGCCGCCAUAAAGAUGCAGACCAAAGUGGUGGAGAGGGUUCCCCGGGAAGGCCUCGUCAGCCUGUUGCCUGAGAUAGUGCCAGGACUCAUACAGGGUUACGAUAACUCUGAGAGCAGUGUGAGGAAAGCCUGUGUGUUCUGCUUGGUGGCCAUUUACGCAGUGAUAGGGGAGGACCUCAAACCCCACCUCAACCAGCUCUCCAGCAGCAAGCUGAAGCUGUUGAAUCUGUACAUCAAGCGCGCCCAGUCCGGCUCCAGCGGCAGUGAACCUCCGUCUGAGGGCUUGUAGGAGACAACAGCGCCCUCCUACAGGGCAACUGCAGAACUACAACGUUGCCCUACAAACCCUAAACGUCUUCAUGAGCUCACACCAACAACAGGCCGAGAAAAAAAAAAACACACAUCCUAACACAGACUGCUUACAUCAUCAUGUAACACACACACACACACACACACACACACACACACACACACACACACACACUAACAGUCCUUGUACAUUUCCUGUAUGGUGCAGAAGAGAGGAGUGUUGUAGUUUUCUCCCUGACCAUCACUGAGGAUCCACCCUGAACGAACCGAACCCUUCCAUCUGCAUUAAACAAGAACAGAUAACACACAUCCAGUCACGCAGGUUUGUCACUAAUCACUCAUGGAUGCAAAUGUCCGUCCUUCUCCACUAGUUCUCAAACUACACAGUAUCCUCUCGGAGUGCUAUUGAUGUCAACAGAAAGUGAUGAAACUGCAUGGAUCUCAUAUUUCUAUUUGGGGGGGGGAAGGGGGGGGGUGGCUGAGUUUCAUCGGGCAAGGCUGAGACGAACAAACGGUGCCGCCUUUGUGUCUUUCUUGAACAACCAGUAACUGGGGCCAGGUAGACAGGAAUGUAAAUGUACAUUGUGUCAUAGUUUGGAUUAAUUUUACGCCAUGAGUUUUUACUGCAGGAAGUUUUAAUGUCUGGAGUUUCCACUCUCGCGCUCUCCCACACACACACACACACACACACAAACUUUCUCUCUCUCAAAAAGGUGCUGAAGAGCAUAAUAGGUACGACCGCGAUACACCGUGCAGCACUAACACACACAGUCACAGUGGGUCACGCCUGCUCGUAAUAAAGGCAGAACAUCGUUAGAUUCCAGAGUAUAGGAGACGUUGUGUGCUUGGCUAUGCAUGAGAUAACAUUUUAACAAUAAUUUUUUUAUUGGGGACAUUCAGAAUCAGUGUGCCUGGGGGUUUUAAAUUAAUAUGAAGUCCACCCAUUUCAGAAAACCCGUGGUGUCGUUCAAUUUCUCCCAGCUCAUCUGGGGUCAGUCCACCUCUGGGCAACAUGGGUAGAAAGACGAGUGCGUGCUGCUUACUACAUGAAGUAUGACAGGACAUGGCUUAUUAUCACAUAGUGGAUAUGUAUCUAUAUAUGAUAUUCAAAUGGAUAACAGUGUCAUUAGAAGAGUCCCCCCCCCUGAGGUGCAUCUGUGCCCACCCUUGUUUUUAUUUUCUCUUUCUCUCUUUUGCGAGUGCCGUAGUCUCUCUCACACUUAAUGUUUUCUCUCUGCUGAGAAACUUGUAGAAAUGUUUUAUUUCCAGCUCUGAAAAACAAGUCAUGUCACCAUUUUCUCCUCUCCUCUUCAUUGUGUCUUUCUUUCCCUCCUCUUGUUGUAACAUUCUAGUUUCCACUGUUGUGUUUCCUCCGUGCUUUAACAAAGCUGUGCUUACAUUAAAAUAAAGAACUUGUACAGAUCAUGA